GCGAAUGCGCGUGCGCCAGAGGAUGCUCCCCGCCUCUGUCCUUUCCCCGCGAAGGGUCCUCGGCUUGGCAAGGUUAAUUCCGGUGGAAGCACGCUCGGGCCUGCGCUAGUGGUGACGCAACACACGAGGUAUCAAGCGACGUCGAACUCGUCUCGAAGUUGGAGAUAAGAGCAUCCGUCGCUGCCAUGGCGCUGUGCAUACGCCAAGACUAGACACAAGCGCCAGAAACAGCCACUUUUCCAAUUCCGGCCUUGCCAUAAUUCCUGGUCGCCGGCGAUGUGGUCGAGAGACACCCGUAUAAGAGGGUGUCAUCGUCUCAUGGUUGGCUGCAGAGAAAGCAUUCGCUUCAUUCAACCGUAUUCUGUCCUGUCUGACCAUGUCCUUCGUACCCAACCAGAACAAGCCUGCCAUUCUCUCGGAGCUGGGCUCCCCGGUCUAUGCGGCCCUUCACGAGGCAAAGGGCCGAAAGGGUCUGAGCUUCGAGCAAGUCGCAAAGGCCAUCGGAAGAAGUGAAAUUUACACGGCCGCCAUCUUCUAUGGACAGGCUAAGCCGGAACCAGAGGAUUUGAGCAAGCUCGCGGAACUCCUGGAUGUACCCCACGAGGGCCUUGUUGAUGCACUCGGCCCGAACUUCUGGGCGCACCGCGGACUGGGAAGCAUGCCACCAAAGGACCCCGUUAUCUAUCGGCUCUACGAGGCCAUCCUGGUCUAUGGUCACCCACUCAAGCACCUCAUUCACGAGAAGUUCGGGGACGGAAUAAUGUCCGCCAUCGACUUCAACGGAGACGUUGAAAGAAUCCCAGACCCCAAGGGCGACCGCUGCAGGUUGACCCUGGAAGGCAAGUUCCUCGCUUACAAGCGUUGGUGA